GGCUCUAGGCAUAUUCUAUUCUUCUUCCUUGCUGAUAAACCAAAGCAUUAGGCAACACAGUCCACUCUGGAAAUGAACUCCAAAACAAUAAACAUAACAAUAAGUCCACCAUCCAAUUUCCGCUACAAUGCUCCAAUCUUGCAUCCCUUUUUCUAUUUUCCACCGACAAAGCCUAAAUUCCAAGUUUUCCUCUAUUCGCGUUCUCAUUCAAUCUCCUCUUUCUCCUCUAAAACUGAAAGGGGUGGUGUGAAAGCUUUGCCUAGUGGAGCUGGGGAGGCUGUUAAUGAAGUUUCCCAGAAUAGACUUCUUCAAGUCGUGUUGGUUUCUCCUCAGAUACCUGGAAACACUGGGUGCAUAGCCAGAACUUGUGCAGCAUCAGCAGUUGGACUACAUCUGGUUGAGCCAUUGGGGUUUCAGGUUGAUGAUACAAAAUUAAAACGUGCUGGACUUGAUUAUUGGCCAUAUGUAGUUGUUAAAGUGCAUGGCUCAUGGGGAGAAUUCCGUGACUAUUUCAGUCAACAGACUGGGGAAAAAAGGCUGCUAGCAUUUACUAAGAGAGGAGCUACUGUUCAUUCUGAAGUUUCUUAUAGGAAGGGCGAUUGGCUUGUAUUUGGCUCAGAAACCAGUGGCCUGCCGCCUGAAGCCCUUCUUGAUUGUAAGACAGAACCACAUGGUGGUGGUGCUAUACGAAUCCCCAUGGUUGAAACAUACGUUAGAUGUCUGAAUUUGUCUGUGAGUGUUGGCAUCGCAUUGUACGAAGCAUCUAGACAGCUAAAUUAUGAGCUACUUCAAUGUCCAUCAGAGCCUUAUAUGGACACUGAAUCAUCAUUUGUUACUGAAGACAUUUUCGCUUGAGCUGUUACAGAUGAUGCUGCAGUCAAACAUAUGUUUUUGCUCUUGCACAAGAUUAUUUGGAGCUGGGAUCAUUUCUCCUCAAAGAUGGUAGAACACUUGACACAUCAUGAUUAGUGGUGGCAAUUAGUUAUACAAAUUUGAAGGUCUAGUUCCUGUACUUAGUCAGGGUUCUUAAUUUUUCUUUCAACUUCGGUUCUCUUUGGCUUUCCCUUCGGGCGUGUUUUGUCAGCGUCCUCUUGCAUGAAGGCAGUCAUCACAGGAUCAAACUCUUAAUAUUACUAAGCGGCGCAUCUCUUUUUGCUGGAAAUUCUUGUGAGCUAGGAAUGGGUAUGGAUGUGUACCACUGGAAUCCCUUCAUCUGUAUUCAAUGGAGUUUAUUUUUAAGAAUUAGAGAUUGCUUUUACUCUGGAGUUUAAGAUGAUGUUGUUGUGUAUUGUUCUUAUGUAAUGCAAUUAUUGCUCUUAUUAUUUAAAAGGUUGAAAACCAAGAGAUUCACAAAUUUGUCUAA